AUGAUGAUGGAUCAAGCAAAGCCUUCAUCUCCAUCACAAGGGUUCCGAUUACCCACCACUCAUAAUUCGUGGAAUACGGCCAAACCAGCCAAUAGUAGCUGGAGGGAAUUACGUUCAUUAUCGGGACUUCAUGAUAACGGAACCAAUUCAUCAAAAUCAUUACUCAGAACAGAUAUUUCAAUUGAUGACAGUUCCUUUGAUGCGAAACAAUUUUCAAGUACCACAACAGUACUCGAUAAGAAGGAUUCAACAAAUCCAGCUGCAAAUGUUUUUUCACCUACUUUCACUGGAAGAUUUCCUGGACCAAUCCAUUGCAUGGAUAUGCAUCACGAUCUCCUUCUUGUCGGAAGUACAAAUGGAGAUUGUUUUUUAAAAACAUUCGAUGUGACAACAGAGAAGAAUAAUUGUUUGUUAGAUAUUUCUCCCAAUAAUGUUGUUAAGUGUAGAACAUUUUCUCACCCAAAACUCAAAAAAACAGACGCCCUGCUGACUGUACCAUCUCCAGAACAAUACACUUUUAGCACAAAAAUUAAUAACGUUCAAAUUCAACCAUGUGAACAACCAACCACGUUCCAUACUAUUGAGAACAAUAGGUUACAUGUUUGGUCAUUUGAGAAAGAGGAUGCUCCAAUUCAAACAAUACAAGGAUCAAGAAGUCCACUUUGGUGUAGCUCAUGGUCAGUCCACAAUAAUAAUCUUAUUCUGAUUGGAGGCGUUAGCAAAUCUGUAAAACUAUUAGAUAUCAGAACUAGCGGAGGAGCUGAUCAUUGUGUAAAAUUGUGGAGCUUAAGACUUGAACCACAUCAUGUAUUAUCCACAUUGGAUAAGGGCUACUUUACUGACUCCAUUGUUGGCUUGCAUUUUUCUUAUACUCAACCAAAUCAAUUCUUUGCUCAGUCUGCAAGUGGAGAAUUAAUAGCAGUUUCUAUAAGCCCUGAACAAAUUAAUUCUCUUGUUCAACAUCGAUUAGAGGAUGAGAAAACACAGGCUGAAAACGAGGCCAUCUCAAACAUUGAAACGUUAAUUUAUCAUAGAAACCUAAAUCAAGCGUUCCUCGAAGUGGAAAAAAUAGCUACAAAAUUGAAAGAGCAGAACAAACUUGAAAAAGCGUUAAAAUUGUUAGACCUCUGCAAAGUUAGAACAGUGUCUGAGAAUGUAAAAAGUAACAAUCCUAAAGCUAGAUUUAAGAAAGAACUGGAAGAUUUUUCAAAAAAGGUGACCGAGCUCAUCAAGACAGAUAGUCAAAGAAUUGAAAUUUCCACAAUUAAGGACGUUAUUAAUCUGUAUUUAGCACAUGACUAUCGAAGAGGAAUGACUCUUGCAAUAGACAUUGCUGAGAUAUUCCGAAAGGAUGGCGAAAAGUUUACCGAGUAUAUGAAUAUCGUGAAGGAAGUUCUCAGUCCAACCAUAUUUGAAGUCACUCACAAUCAAGCUCUUCGAGAAAGUGGCUAUAGAAGUUUAGCAAAGGCUUUUCAAAAUCAAGAUUACAUCAUUGAGCAGCUGAAACUCCAAAGAGAUGUUUUUGUGCUUUAUGGGAUGGCAGUCCUUAGGGCUUAUUUGAAUGCUUUAUUGUGCCAACAACUCUAUGACAAGUUUUUUAUUGUAUGCACAAAGUUGCUCCAAAAGAUUCAAGGAUAUGACAUUGCUGUUAUUGUGCGUGACUUGAUGAAAAAUGUAGCAUUUGCAGACUUGAUGAAAUUAUUGAAUUCUGAGAUUUUAAAUAGUGAGUUCCUAAACACCAUUGAGACAAAAUCCUCUAUAUCUGCAGCUCGGUCCUUUCCUGCUGCAAAGUGUUUGGAUUUCAUCAUUCAAACCAAGCAGACAGUAUUCGCUGUAAUUCGUAUUACCAUGUUUUGCCCAGUACUUCCUUCCUAUAUGAAUACCAUAAUUCAAGCAACCAUCCAAAAGUUAGUGGUGAUGUACGAGUUUGCAUUUGAACAAAUCGGUAAAUCAGUUCAGCAUCAAAAUCAAGGCAGAAAGUUCGCAGAAGAAAUCCUCAAACGAUUCGAGCUGAAGAAACUUGCUUCGAAGGAUGAUUUGCCUGACCAUCAAGCAGAAAUAGUUAAAUUACUUCCAAUUCUUGAAGAAUUUUUGAAGAACUAA